UCAUAUAAAUAUCUCUCUGUUCUGUUCUGUUCUGUUCUGUUCGUUCGUCAUCUUGUAGGGUUUGAAACAAUGUACGACUGUAUGUUGGACGAGGCCAAGCUGUGGCUGGACCAACCUCCUCCACCACCACCGAUCGUAGACUACUCCUUAUCUACAACGUUUUCAGAUUCCGACGAGGAUGAGAUCGAUCCGGUGGAACGUGAGAGGUUUCGAAAACAAGUCGUCGAGUCCGGCGGAUUCGAUGUUGAUUUUUUCCCUGUCUAUGAAAAGUUAUUCUCAAGUGGAUCAACUCCUUCCACCGUAAUGUUGAGCAAGGUGGGACUCCAUUGCCACAACUUUGACAAGGGGACGAAUUUACAGUUUAAGAGUGUACAGAAAGCCAACGAAGAGUUUGUUUCAUUCAUUACGUACUAUAUAACGGUUGAAGCGAUGGAUCCGUUGAAUGAUUCACCUCUUACUUUCCUAACCUCUGUCUGGGAUGCUGCUACAAAGAACAACGAGAGCUUGAGAUUGGUCACUAAAGUGUGUAGAAUCAAAGGAACUAAAGAAGAAACUACACUGUGGGACCACGAUGCCGUAGACGAGUUCUAUAAAGAUGAUAUCUCUUGGCUAGAUGAUGAUGCUCUUACAGCAAGUGAUAAGCAGCUACAAUACUAUGAGGUGAAGGAAUCGGAUCUCCUAGACAACGAAUGGCUUUAUCUGUAUGCUGAACUUGUAUUAUUCUCCAAGUGGGCAAUGGACCUUAGCGCUUAUUUGCCGGUGAAGAUGAAGAAAGUUGUGGUACGAACAAGGGAAGAUGUAGAGUCGAGUAAGAAGCUCAGGUCAAAGAAUGCAACUUUCUACAUGAGUUUCACGUCUUGUGGGGGUCUUGAGUGCAGAGGCAUAAUAAGGCGGACAACAGAUGGAAUACCACAGCACAUGAGCCUUCAAGUUAAAUGUUGGAUCGACAACUAGAGAGAGAUAGACGGUCCUUUUUUCCUUGUAUUUAAUUGAUCUUUGCCUAUGUUAAAAUAAUCCUGAGAUGUGUUAUAUUAUCUGAAGCUACCACUUAAUUGGUUUGAAUGUUUGAGAGUUA